CUAAAGUGGUCCGGAUUAUAAACUGAUUCCACGUCCAAUCAGUUUAUAAUCCGGAAUGAUAUCAUUCAACCGCCAUAUUUAUAUCUGAGAGAACUUGCAGAAGCAAAGCAAGGGAAAGAAGAAAACUGAAUAAAUAACAUAGCACGAAACAGGAUGGAUGGGAAAAGUGUAUCAAGAAAUAUAUCAGAAACAAUUAAAUCUGGAGAUGAGGUAUUUAUCAUAGAAAUAAAUUCAGACUACAGUGAUGAUGAGGAAAAUAGUACAGAGUCUGCUUAUACUGGAAAUUACUGUAAUGAAAUAGAUUCAUUGCAACAAUGUUCAGAACAGUUAAGUUCGGAAAAGGAAAAAAACCAAAGCAUCAUUUUACCACAAGUAAAUAAAGAUGCAAAAGUAUCAAGUCCUCUUAAGAUUGGGAGAGAUGAUGAUGGGAAGGUCAAUUACAUCGGGUUGGAUCCUGGAGUUGAUGAACCACUUUCAUCUCAGCUAGAUGAUGAAUUGCCUCCAGGACUUGAAAAUAUUAAGAUUGUUAAUGUUUUCACUCUUUCUGAUGAUCUGCAACAAGACACCACAGAGAAUCAAGAAAGAAAUUCCUACAGUUUGAAACAAUUCAUGGGCUCUGCCCCUGGAGAUUAUGAAGCUGAACCCAACACAAAGUCAUUAACAGCACCUAAUAUGAUCAUUGUUGAUGAACAGCCAUCACAGAGUACUCUUACGGUGAAGCUUGUUUGCAAAGUCUGUCAGCAGUUGUUACCAACUCAUGAAGCUUUGUAUGAUCAUUCAAAACUACAUGCAAGUCAACAUGACAAAAACAAACACUCAUUUGACAAACACAUUAACCAGCAAGCAUCAGUUCAAAACCUAAUGUCAAAUCCUGAAGAAACUAUAGUAUCUGACAAAGAAGGAAAGGUAACCCCUCCAAAGAAAAAGAAAUCAAAGAAAAGAAGGAGCCAAGGAAAAAUAGAUGAAGAAAAUAAGUGUGAAAAGUGUGGCAAAAUUUUCAUGAAGGAUUAUCAGUAUAAAAUGCACACUUCCCUUUGCAGGGGCAAAACAACACAAAUGGCUACAUGUUUUGAGUGUAACAAAAUGAUCCCAGCCCAUAAAGAAUAUGAACAUGCUUUGAAAUAUCAUGAUACUGUUUGCCGCAUAUGCUGCGCUAAUCUGAUGCAAGAAUCGAAGCUAAAAAGUCACAUGAAAUUUAUGCACAAUAUUCCAAAUUAUGGAAAGGAUACAAAUGCCACUGAUAUUACACCUCAAGUUCAUGUUGUGGAGCAAAUCUUUUACAAAGCAUGCAUUCAGUGUGGAAAAGCAUGUGCCUCAUAUGAUCAGUAUAGGCUUCAUAGAAAACUACAUGUUAGAAUGGCAAAACUUGAAAUUAUUAAAGCUCAAGAAGAAGAAAGGAAAACACAAAAGAUGAAAAACCAAGAGAAGAAUAUUCCAAAAGAAAAGAAGAAAAAGAAGAAAAAGAGUCAAAAUCUAGUAAAGUGUGAAAAAUGUGAUAAAAUGUUUCAGUCAUCUUACCACCUACGCAGCCAUUUAAAAAGGUGUUCAGCUAAGGCAGUGAAAAUGAUACUAUGUGAUGUUUGUGAGCGAUUGUUGCCAAAGGAUGAACUCAAAGACCAUAUCAAAAUUCAUGAACGAUUGUGCAGUUUUUGUGGAAGAGUCUGUAUGGGAGAUCGCCAUUUAAUGCGACAUCAACUACAGUGUACUAGAAAACUGAAGGUAGCCAACAACCAAAGAGAAGAAAUUACUUCAAGUUCAGAGGCAGAGGUUGUUAAGAGAAAGAAAUUUGUCUCUAAGAAAACCUUGAGAGCCAUCCGUUUUGCUAAGAAUAUUAAUAGAAAAUUAACAGCACAGCAAGAAAAAAUGUUGGAAGAAAUUGAAUCUGUGAAAAGAAUUUUUGAAGAUUCUUCUCCAAAAGUUGAAGAUGAUGCAACAGGAAACCAAAAGAUGACUAAUGAUGAAAAUAUGAGGUUACCCAUGGAGAUUGAGGGAACAGAAGAUUCGCAAAUGCAGAAAAAGAAAAUGUCAUCAAAAAAUAAUAGUGAAACUGAUGGUAUAGAACUAGAUAGAAUUCAUCAAGAAAUUAAAAAAAAUUACGUUACAAUAGAAGGCUUUGUGAAUGAGGAAGAUCAGAGAAAAGACUCUGUUAACAAAGAAGAAAUGGUGAAAAUUAAUGGUCAAAUUUUUGAAUCUUUGAAUCAGUUUGACUGUUGUGAUCAAAUCCAACAACCAAAAAAGGGAAAGCAGGGAAAAGGAGAAAAAAAGAAUUCAAAAGAGAAAGCUAAGAUAGAUAUCAUCCCUGCAGCUCUAUCCAUGAAUGAUAUCUGUGAAGAAAGUGAUGCAAGUCAAAUUUUAGAAACAGAAGUUAGACAUUUUCAAGAAUCAGAGAGUGAGAGAUUAAAUCACAGGGAUGCAAUUAUAAAAACUCCUUCUAACUUGGAAAAUAUCACAUUAAAUGCACCAAAUUCACCAGAAUCCCAAGAAAUCUCCCAUGAUAUAGGAAUAUUCCUUGAAGAAUCUACCGCUGAACGUUGGGUUGAAGACUUAAAAGAAACUGAUACACUACUUCCGGAACCAAUAAUUAAUUACCAUGCACUGUUAAAAAGCAAUGGGUUAGUUAUGUACCAUUUAAAUGAAUGGCUGUUGCAAUCUCCAGAAUCAAAUGAUGUAUCUCAACCAUGGAUUUGUAGACACUGUGGGAAACAGCUGAAUAGUAUAGAUGAGGGCUUGCAUCACAUGAUUAGAAGCCACCCCACCAACAAGACAACAAAGGCAAUCAUCAAUGAAUUAAGUCAUUUAAAAAGAAAACUUCAUUCUUAAAACAAAUGAGAUGUGUACAUGUUUUAUCAUUUUGUUUUACCAUUAGCAGAAGUAAUAUGGAAACAAGGAUGAUGUGAAAUUGUGUACCACUACAGCUUGUCUAAUUCUCAAAAAUGAGCUAAUUAAACAUAGUUUUACAGGAAAAAAACCCAAAGAUUCAUUGGUUGUAAACUAAAGUAAAAGAUAUUAAUCUAUAUUACUGUAAUUACAUCUGUAUACCAUAGUUCAUUUGAUAUCUAAGAUAAAAAAUGUAAGCUAUAAUUAACACUGAAAACAACCAUUUGGCAUUGCGAUUGCAUAGUUUAUCUGAUAAUUGAUAAAUACAGUUUAACAGUUUGUAAACAACAGUUAAUAAUCAAAAUAAAUAUAUCUACAGAAUGUAAAUUAUAAUUCACAAAUGUUUAUAUAUAUUUAUGAUAUCAGAAAAUCUAUAUAAUGUUUAUGAAUUUAGAUUAGCAUUCGUAAGCUAUAGUUUUAAACCAUUUGAUAUGGUGUUACUGCAGAUAAAACUAUUGUUAACAAUUGGUUAACUGUAGUUUACAGUUCAUGAACUAGUUUACAGUCGAUAUACCUAGAUUUUAAACUCACAGUGAAAUUUUUGUGAAUAUGGCAUGCUAUAAAUGUGCUCUUCUUGAAAUGCUUAAAUAUUUUGCAAGUGCAAAAUCUAUAGAGGAUUGAUAAAUUAUAUUUUGAAGAUUUCU